GCCUAUAACCUCUCUCUCUCCCUCUCUCUCUCUCUUUCUCUCUGCAAGGAAACUGUGAUUGUAUCUUGGACGCAGUAGCCACCAGCAAUGGCAAGGGAGCCAGAAGCACAAAAGCCGGUGGAGCACUGGUUAUCCUUGGCCAAGGCUGCCUUCAAGUUCAAGUCCUUCGACGUGAUGGUUGAUUUCAUGAAGAAAGCAGUGCAGACCAUAGAGAAAGGAGGCGACGAGGCCCGGCGCCUAAACGAAGAAGAGCGCAGACUCCUGUGCACUUCGUACAUGAUGUCUGUGUAUGAACGCUUGAUUUCAUGGCAGAACGAAAUGUCAAGACCUCACGGUGAGGUCGAUCCAGAACAGUUGGAAGCCAUCAAGCACAAAAUUUCCACUAUCGAGUCCGAGAUUGUGUCCAUUUGCUCCGAAUUUCAUGUUCUCAUCGACAAGCAUUUCAUUCUCACCGAUAACUCGGUUGAGGAAGAUGUCAUUGCCUACUCUUUAAAGGGCGACUUAGAUUGCUAUGUUGCCGAGGUCAGGCCUGAUGCAAUGCGAAAGUUCACAGCCGCUUGUGAAGCUCGUCUUUCCUUCCAGAUUGCCGCUAAUAUUGCGACAGCAGCAGGACCCAUUAUCAGUGGCUCCACGAGCAUGUGGCUCGAUAACAACUUCUCACUUCUCACAGCCAAGUUCUUCAACACCAAGGAUGCCAAGAGGGAUUUCCGUGAGUACGUACUUAACUGGUGUGAGAUCAACAAGGAAGCCUCCGAGGGCAAUGAACUCGACUUGGACAAUCUUCCAAAAAGCGAGAUAAAACGCAAUUUAUAUCGAUUUAUGGUGGUAAAGGCUAUUCUCGAUGAGAAUUAUGUCGAGGAGGAAGUCCAAGAAGAUGUACCAGUGCCAGUGCCACCACCCGAGAAUGAACUCCAUGACUCCAUGGCUGAACUGCGAGAGAUGGAAAAGGAAGGAAGCGACCGCCUCAUGGGCGUCCUUGAUGAAAACUUUAAAAAAUUGAGAUUGGAUCCAUCUAUGGUGCUAAAGAGCCUUCCAUCCGCUCCACCUUUUCUUAAUUCAUUUGAGGAUUUGGACUCAGGAGAUAAGGGGGACAAAGUCUGAGAAGAUUUCACCAUCUCUACAUAUCUAAUCUUUUUUGUUCUGUUAGUAACUGUUUAGUUUGCGUCUGGACUGUGAGCAUGGUCGAUGAGGCACUCCCCGCGUCCACCGAUGGCUAGUAGUUGAGCCUUUUUUUUCCUGAGAAAUGGUGGCCAUUAUUCAAUGGUCUUCUUUGGUUUUUCUUCUUUGGUGUUAUACUUCUCCGUUAGUAACUGUUUAGUUUCCUGAUGAGCUGGGUUUCCAUGCAACGCCACCAUCGAGCUCGGUUACUGUACAAACUCUCAUUCACCGUGUCAAAUUACAGUGUACAUUCAUUUUCUGUUUCUGAUUGUGUUUGGAGCCUCAUGUUUUUUAAUUGAUUUAGACUCGUUUUAAAUGUGUAUUUGUAGCUCUGAUUACCACACCAGGACACCCGCUUACAUCUAGAGAGAGAGAGAGAGAGAA